AUGACCUCCGAUAAAAAGGACAUUUUAAAAUCUACUAUUGACGAUAUAUUCGUAGUCUACAGUGAACUUGACAAGAAUGUAAACAUACUACAUAGGCCUUUGCUUCCUAAAAAGUUAUAUGAAAAAGACCCUAAUCAUAUCAUCACAUCAUAUUAUGAAUACAUCGAGCAGCAUCCGAAAUUUGAGAAGACAGAUAUAAUAACAAAGUAUACCAAUAAGGGGUAUCAACUGUUGUAUCAUUUAUACCACGAUGUUAAAAUCAUAUGUGCAUCGGAAAUUAAGCAGCAUAAAAUUGGAUCGGAUAAGUAUAAUGAUAUUGACCGCUUCUUUAAAUUAACAACAGAGUUCUUAUUAAGGGAGGCAAACAAGUUGGGUACGAAAUUAUUUUAUACGCUGAAGGUGUCUCCUACCGAGCUAGAGACUCAGUUAAUGGACGACUUCAAUAAAAUUUCUUACAGCUAUACUGCUAGCAAUGGAGAGGUGGUCACUUUUAUAUCUGAAGGGGAGGAAAUGAACUCAUAUGCUCAAAGUUAUCCUCAUCUUUACCAAAACCAGGCUCUUCCAUCCCAGCAAACUUCACAGCCACUUUUUUCUUCUUUAGUAGGAAGGUCUCAACUUGAUAAUCGUGAAACUAUUAUUCCUGAACCAUUUCAGUUGUCAAAAGUAAUUUCUCUUCCUAGAAACGGGACUGUUAAUGGUGCUUCCUUAGAAUCAUUGUCACCUUCAAUAUCAAAAAUUCCGGCCCCUACAGCUCAACCAACUCAAAUUUUAAAAGAUUAUUUUCAUCCAAACUGGUAUACAAUUUAUGUUCCGACGUGGUUGCAGUACAAUAGCAAGAUAUUUAAACCACCACUUGCCUCAAGUUUAUUAAAGGAUCAAAAUGAUUCUGAUUUACGAUUAAUAUCGAGACCAUUUGACAGUUUCAAAUCAUUUGCUCCAACAGUGGAUCUGAAACGUUCUAUAGUGACAGAAGAGUCCAAAAGUAAUGUUUGGCUUAAUCAUCUUGGAUACAAACAAAUGCAAUCGAUAAAUGACUCAAACAAAAUUUCCAGGUUAAAGAAAGAAUCCCCUAAGCCGGAAGAGCCUUCUAAUCUGAGUAAUUCUGACGAAGAUCUUGGCUCCUUAUUUAGCCCACCUGUAAAGACUGAGUUGACGGUUACUGCAAAAGAAGCCAAUAAAUUGGAAACUAAGAGAGAUAUUAACGUUCAGAGCUUAGUGAAUUGGGAUCCCGAAGAUGUCGAAAUCUUCAACUCCAUAAGGAAAGAGAAGAAAGAAUGGUUCAAGUCACCCCGCGCUCUUCAAAAGGCGAUUUCUAUGGACCUAAUAAGAUUGAAUAAAUUACGCCAAGAGAGAUAUUUGAGGAGUAAUCCUCAGAAUUUGCUCUCUGCCAGUAGUCUUGAGAUAAAAUUAUACAAAAGAGUUGUGAAGUUGACGUCAUAUGCUGUUGAAUUGGGGAGCUCACCUGGGAGAAUGGACAUCAAAUUUAAUAGAAGGCUACCAAUUCUCACCGUCGAUUAUAAAGGUUCUUUACCGGGCCUUCCCCCGUCAAAGAACGCCUCUGGAACGAAAUCAGCGAGAUUGCCUAGUAUCAGAGGUCCAUACAAAAAAAAGAAUAGACAGUUGUAA